GCUGCGGGCCGGCUCAGGGCCACUCGCCGCCGCUUCGGCCGCUCGCAGCACCGGCAGCCGCGUCGCCACCGCCGCUACCGGGACUGCCUCCGCGGGCAGAGCGGGGGAGAAUGACGGAGCUCCAGUCCGCGCUGCUACUGCGGAGACAACUAGCAGAGCUCAACAAAAAUCCAGUGGAAGGCUUUUCAGCGGGCUUAAUAGAUGACAAUGAUCUUUAUCGAUGGGAAGUCCUUAUUAUUGGUCCUCCAGAUACACUAUAUGAAGGUGGUGUUUUCAAGGCUCAUCUUACUUUUCCGAAAGAUUAUCCACUGAGGCCGCCAAAAAUGAAGUUCAUCACAGAAAUCUGGCACCCAAAUGUUGACAAGAAUGGUGACGUCUGCAUUUCGAUUCUUCAUGAGCCUGGAGAAGACAAAUAUGGCUAUGAAAAACCUGAGGAACGCUGGCUUCCCAUCCACACAGUGGAAACUAUAAUGAUUAGUGUAAUUUCUAUGCUGGCGGAUCCCAAUGGUGAUUCUCCUGCUAAUGUUGACGCAGCGAAAGAAUGGAGAGAAGACAGGAAUGGAGAAUUCAAAAGAAAAGUUGCCCGCUGUGUAAGAAAAAGCCAAGAAACUGCUUUUGAGUGACACUUAUUCAGCAGCUAGUAGCUUCACUUUUUUUCAGGGUCUUCAAUUGAGAAACAUGGCACUGUUUUUUUCCUGCACUCUACCCACCUAUUGCUGGACUUCUGUUGUUACAAGUUGGCAAACACUGGCUGGAACUGGGCUGCAAUAAAACAUGCCAGUUAUCAAUGCUGACAAGAGCCUAACAAGUGCCAACACAAGAUGAUUACGCAUUUUGAAAUCUAAUGAACUGCUUUAACCUUCAGGAAGAAUUGUAAAGAUGUGUACAUAGCACAACAUGAUCCGGAUAAUAUAUAUACUGUUCAUGUACAUCCACAAAUACACAUUGUACCAAAUAAUGCUGUCUGUAGUUAGGAUAAGAAUCGUGUAAAUUCUAAAGAUUUUAGCAGUUUUUUUUCUCUCCCUAUUCAUUGUUUCCUAUCAGUUAAAAACAAAAAGCAAAAACAACAACAACAACUUGUGAAGCAUGUCGAACUAAAACCAAUUAGGAUAAAGACUUUUUUUCCCACUUAAUUUUCCUUUGACCCACUGAGGCUUAAUUAAAAUCUCUUGCUUAUUAAAGUUUAGUAUCUCUUUUGGUUUUUGGAAAUGUGCUCCCUCUUAUUCCCUCAUCAGAAGUUAAGAUUUUUCCUAAUUAAACCCUGAAAGGAUUUGCUAUCAAUUACUUGUGUCUUCUUUUACAAUGACCUUUGUAGUCUCAAAGGUGCUUUUUCUUUCCCCUCCUUUAUAAAACCCAAUUGCACAUACUUCUUGAAUUGGGUAUAGCAAUAAAACUGGCCAUGGAGCACCCUUUAGCAGCCUGAUGGGUUCUGACCUUCCAGAGGACUUGAGUGCUUUAAUUUGGGAGCUCAGUUGUUAGUCCAAGAUAGGAUGAGCUGCUUUUUUUUUUUUUCCUGGGUGAUUUUUUUUUUCUUUGCCUUUUUCAUUGCCUGUUUGUGGGGAGGGGUGUGUGUAUGGGAGGCUUGUUUUUUCUCAAAGUUGAAUUCAAGCAUGCACAUCUGUAGGCUUUCAAAUGACUAAUUUCUGGGUUUGGUAUCAAAAAUACUUUCCCACUUUAACUCUUCUCUCUCUUCUGUGGCCCUUCAUAUUCUUUGCCUUCUACUUCAGAGUUUCCUCACCUAAUGUACAAAGAAAAUUGCGAUGUAUAUUUUCAUGUAAUUUGAUUUUUGGAAUUCUGUCACCUUCUGUAGUGAGUUCUUCCAAAAUAUAAUUUUUUCCAAUAA